UUCUUUUGGUAAAGUUUUAUAAAUAUUGGUACAGCACAGCUUCCAUUUUGAAAGCGAAGGUACUCGAAAAGCACGUUAAACUGCUCUUCACAUACUCUUUGGAUGAAAGCGCUGUGUUGUGCGUCUAUUUCAGUAGCAUCAUAAUUUCAGUGCAGUUUCGUAAACAAUUCUAGCGCUUAAUUUCGACAAACAAAAGAGAAAAUGCAGGGAACUAUCAUAGAAAACUUGAGUGGUAGAAAGCUUUCAGUGCUUGUAAUUUUGCUUAUUAUAGCACAAAUUGUUUGUUUUCUAAUGGGUGGUCUCAUCGCUCCAACACCUGCUAGUAGUCAAAAUAUACUUGGUACACCUUGCAAGGAUAUUCGUGUGAAUGGAUCUGAACCUGGAGGAAAGAAAUGGUUUUAUUCAAGGGGAAAAGGAUCUUGUAAGCUUGUUGAUAUGGACCAUUUUAGCUUUGAUAGUCAUCACCAGGCAUACCAAGUUGUAUACACAUUUCAAAUGCCUGUCCCACGAAAUAGAAUGCAACUUGAUUAUUCCAGAUGGCAACAAAAUUUAAUAGGUGUUUUACAAGUGGAUCUUAUUCACCAUAGUCAGAUAAAAAUUGCUCCUAGAACCAAAAUAACAUUAGAUGCCAGACUUGCAUAUAGGAACAAAGGAGAUCCAGAUGAAGAUUGGAAACCUUAUGCUGCCUCUGUAGUGGAAAGAAUGUUGGAUUGCAGUAUCGAUGAUCCAGUGGAACAGCACUAUUAUAAGUGCAGUGUGGUACCAUUAUUUGAAUUAGGAUCUCUAUUCCAUGAUUAUUAUCUUUUAAAUAUUCGUCUUCCUGCGGACACUGACAGAAACAUCAAUCAGGGUUUGGGACAUAUAACUGACUUAUGGCUUACUGCUAUUAACCAGAAUGGUGGAUUUACAAAGGUAUGGGUAAGUUUGAAGACUAUUUAUUUCCCAAUUGUCAUAUGUGUCCUUGCGUGGUAUUGGAGGAGAGUAAACAUGCUUUCAAGAUCCCCAGCUCUUUUGGAAUAUUUACUUUUAGCAUUGGGCUCAGCACUAUCAUUUUUAAAUAUGCCUUUGGAAUACUUGACCUUAGCUUAUGAUAUGCCAUUUAUGCUUUUAUUGGGUGAUAUCAGACAAGGAGUGUUCUAUGCUACUCUUUUGUCCUUUUGGCUUGUGUUUGCUGGAGAACAUCUCAUGAUACAGGAAGGGGAACAAAGAAAUUCCUUAAAAUGCUAUUGGCGUCAUCUUUCUGCAGUAGGCACAGGGUGUCUAUCAUUAUUUGUGUUUGAUAUGUGUGAACGUGGAGUACAAUUAAGGAAUCCAUUCUAUUCAAUUUGGGUUACAGAUCUGGGAACUAAAUUUGCUUUAUCAUUUAUAAUUUUAGCUGGUGUGUCUGCUGGUGUGUAUUUAAUAUUUUUAUUUUACAUGAUAUGGAAAGUAUUUAUGAAUAUCAGUGCAAAGAGAUCUGCAUUGCCUAGCAUGAGUUCUGCAAGACGUUUACAUUAUGAAGGUGUAAUCUAUCGGUUUAAGUUCUUGAUGAUAGCAACAUUGUUGUGCGCAUCUUUGACCGUUAUUGGAUUUAUCCUUGGCCAACUAGCAGAAGGUCAAUGGAAAUGGGAUGAUGAAUUACACUUAGAAAUGACAUCAGCAUUUUUCACCGGUGUAUAUGGAAUGUGGAAUAUUUAUAUCAUAGCCCUGUUAUGUCUGUAUGCUCCUUCCCAUAAGCAAUGGCCUAUUGAACCAUCUGAAAAUAGCCUUAGCGAGGAAAUUGAAUUUUCACGUUUGUCAACUGAUCCCAAUGAAAUGUUGUCUCUGACUGCAUUUGCGAGAAAAACAGCCGUAGAGUGAAUAACAUUAUACAAGACGUUAGAGAAACGGCAACUGACCAACCAAAACUUUUGUACUUAAAUUCAGCGUACUAUAAGUAUGGUUAAAUCAUGGUUUCUUGAUAUUUAUAGGAGACAACGACUGAUAAUACUCUAAUAUCCUUUCGUACCAAAUCCUAAUUCUUUCAUACCAAAAUCAACUAUUUAUUAAAAUCAAUAUUUUCUAAGCUUCACUUUCAAACACAACAUAGCAUCUAAUAUGCGAUUUUUACAAAGGUAUUUAACUAAAUGUUUAGUAUUUUAGUAAUGAAGUGGAUCCAAAGUGCUCUUUAGAUUCAUCAAAUCAACUUCAUUUAUACAUGUACAUGAUUACGAUGGAGUAACGUGUGAUACACAUAUUUCGAGGGACAUUCCAUUCUAGAUUUAAUCAGUAUCUAUUGAGUAAGAUUUUUUUACACACUUGGACAUUAAACAGCCAUAAUACCAUCGCUAUAAUUAUAGUAACUAUUCUCAAUCCAGUAAGUAAUUUUAUAGACUCUAGUUUUUUUAAGGACUUUUCACAGUAUUAAGUCCAUCAGUACAUUUUUAAGAUUUAUGAAUUAUAUAAACAAGUUUACAAAUUGUGAUGCAUUAUUAAUAAAGUCUUAGAAUCUAGGACAUGCAUGCAUCAAAGUAGAAUUCAAAGAAAAAAAGGUGCAUUUUUAUGUUCACGAUUUUUAUACAUUUUUUAAUUAAAUCAAUUUGUUAGAGCAGCUUUGUUAUGUUAUUAGUAUUAAACAUUGUUGAGUCCUAAAUAAA